AUGAGCUCGCCGCCCGCGGUCGAGGACGUCAUCAUCACGGCGCCUCGGCCACACAUCCUGCUCAUCACCAUCAACCGCCCCAAGCAGCUCAACUGCAUCCGCCACGACAUGCACUACCAGCUCGACCGCCUGUGGAAGUGGUACGACGCCGAGCCGGCCCUGCGGUGCGCCGUCAUCACCGGCAUGGGGCGGGCCUUUUGCGCGGGCGCCGACCUCAAGGAGUGGAACGAGCGCAACGCCAACCCCGACGAGCCGUCCAAGAAGGCGCCCGAGGCCGGCUUCGGCGGGCUCAGCAACCGCCAGGGCAAGAAGCCCAUCAUCGCCGCCGUCAACGGCCUGUGCCUGGGCGGCGGCAUGGAGAUGAUUCUCAACGUCGACAUGGUCAUCGCGUCUGUCGAUGCGCGCUUCGCCCUGCCCGAGGUGGCCCGCGGCGUCGUGCCCAUCCAGGGGGCGCUGCCUCGCCUCAUCCGCUCUGUCGGUAUGCAGCGCGCUUCCGAGAUGGCUCUGCUCGGCAGGAUCUACAAGGCCGACGAGAUGCUUCGCUGGGGGCUAGUCAACCACGUCAUUGCCCGAGGGAGUGAUGUCGUCGGCGAGGCCCUUCAAUGGGCCAUUGAGCUGGCCAACAACUCGCCAGACUCCAUCAUCGUGGCCCGUCAAGGCCUACUCAGCGGCUGGGAGGCGGAGAACCCCAAGGAUGCCACCGACCGCAUUCUGACGGAGAUCUACACCAAGAUGGACGGCGGAGCCAACAUGACGGAAGGCGUGCGGGCUUUUGUCGAGAAGAGAAAGCCCGUCUGGAAGGAUAGCAAGCUGUGA